AUGCCGCCAUCAGCCCUCGCAGAAGAGGCAGCACGCCUUCAGUCUAUCGUCUUGGACCUCCUUCGUUUGCUCCUCAAGAACCCCUAUCACCCUACUGAGAACCCACAAGGAAUUGUUAAUUUGGGCACCGCGGAGAAUCAUCUGAUGUUUCCUGAGAUGUUGGAGAAGCUCAACUCACCCGGGAUUCGCAAAGUGACCGCCGACGACCUGAAAUACGGGUCCAAAACCGGCUCACACCGACUCCGCACCGAGAUCGCCUCCUUCUUCAACCGCCAUCUGCGGCCGGUCAUCCCACUCGACGCCGACCACUUGACCGUGCACGCGGGAUGCACCGCCGUCCUCUGCAACAUCGCGCAGGUGCUACUCAACCCGGGAGACGGCAUAAUGAUCCCGUCACCGUACUACGGCGGGUUCGAUUUUGAUGUUACGACUUAUGCACAGGGCCGCAUCGUGCCUGUGCCGACAACUAGCGCCGAGGGAUUCGACGUCCGCGUGGACCAUCUGGAAAAAGCGUACACGAGAGCAGUAGCAGAAGGCAUUCAAGUCAAAGUCCUACUUUUAACAAACCCAGGCAACCCGCAAGCAAAAGUAUACAGCGCGGACGAAAUGAUGUCCUUUCUAACCUGGGCCGCGACGAAGGACCUCGAAGUGAUCGUCGACGAAAUCUACGCCCUGUCCGUCUUUGGCGGGACAGAUCCCGAUGACAAAUCGACCAACGGCACAUCCGCAAAACCUUUCACAUCCGUGCACGCCCUCCCGCACCUCCCCUCCCCUACGCACACCCACACAGUCUGGUCCUUUUCCAAAGACUUUGGCGCCAACGGUCUCCGCUGCGGCGUUUUCGCCUCCCGCAACGAGCGUGUGUUGAGAGGGAUGUCAGAUUUCGCCUUUUUCACGAACGUGUCGAGCCUUGUUGACUCGAGCUUGGCGAAUUUGUUGGGUGAUGAGGAGUGGGUGGAUGGGUACGUGGUUGAGAAUCAGAGGAGGAUGAGGAGGGCUUAUGAGAGGGUUGCGGAGGUUCUGACCGAGAAUGGGGUGGACUUUGUGCCUGCGCAGGCCGGGUUCUUUGUUUUCGCGAAUCUCAAAACCUAUGCAAUGGCCUACCACACCAAAACAAACGCGCCGGCCUCAAUGCCGCUCUGGCGGCCGUUAACCGAACUCCUCCUCGCGAACGGCCUCUACAUCCUCCCUGGCGAAGCCUUUCAGUGCGCCGAACCCGGCUGGUUCAGGAUCAUAUUCACAGUGUCGCCGGAGCUGCUCGACUUGGGCUUGCAACGGCUAUUCGCAGUGCUAGGUGAUGUGAGUGGGAAGCGAGGGGUGGGGCAAGGCACUACCGUGCGGCAGCAGGUGGCAGCCGACGAUGGGGCGGCGGAUAACGAGGACGCGUUGGCUGCCAAAGCUCUGCUACUCUCCGUCUCCGAUUGA